CACACUUCCAACAUCCAUCCAUAAUAACCGUUCACUUUGCUUAAAGACGAUUCCAAGAUCCGACAUACCCCUUUAUGUCUCACAGCCAACUCCUGACCCCUUAACCCCUUAACCCCUGACUGAACCCUAUUCACGGGACCCACUUUCUGUUGACAUCCCCACUUUCAACACCAUGGCAACCCAAAACAAUCCCAACUUUCAGGCCAUCAAAGAUGCAAUCACGGAAUCCAUCCGGAAAGCCUACCUCGCCUGGACCCAAAACAACCUCCUUCAAAAGAUCAAUUCCCCACCAGCUAAACUGCCCGCCGCUGAUGCCUUGACAAAGAUCCAGUCCCUGCCAGCCAACUUCACCAACCUCCAAGCCAUCAUGGCCUUCACCGAUGCCCUGAACAAUAACUCAGUCCCUAUCCCCUUAUUCCAGUCAACAACAACUCAAUACCUCGUCGUGGUCAAAGCAGGCGCUUUAUCCCUCUCCGUACCCCCCAUCAUUGUCAGUUCCCUGCACCAAACCGAUGUAGAAGUAGACAACAGAACCAAAGUCCAUCCAUUCUUUUGCUCCUUGACCCAUCCCUCGUCUACCACUCUCCCAAAGUACGUCUACCCUGUUGGGCAACUAUACCACAAACCGUCCACGGGAGAUGAAUUAGCCGAGACGAACUACGCUGUGGUGAUUGAUGUUCUCGGUCAGGAUCAUGGGAUUUGGUUGGUUUGGAACAGGAGGGGCUUUAGUGCCGAGGCUGAUGACGAGGUGGUUACUGAUCCCGCGAAGGAAAAGUCUUUGUUUAUUGGGCUAGAUGCGACUAAGAACUUUGAGGCUGUUCAGGUUGCGGGAAAGCUUUCUGAGUGGAAAUUGGGGGCUGACGGGGCGAGUGUUUUGACUUUGGGGGAGUUUGAAGGGAACGCAAGGAGGGCAAAGGUGGAAGGGGAGAUCGUGGUUGGUGUGGCUAAGGUGGAGGAGUUGGGGAGAGUGUUACCUGGGGCUGGGGUGGUUGAUUGGGGGUCUGGAGGGCCGAGGCCGGAAGCGUAG